AUGGAUGUGCCUGCCGUCAGUAUGCCGCUGGACCGCCAUGACGUGAUGGCGCUGCUCGCGCAGCUGGCAGAGGAAGAAGAGAUGCGAGUCACCGUGAAGGGCUCGGCUCAGGGUGCGCUGCUCGCCGGUGCUGGAGCAUUCUUCGGUGGCCUGCUGAUGGGGCCGGUGGGUUUACUGAUUGGCAGCACGGCCGGCGGCGGCGCCGGCUACGCGCUCUCCGCCGGCAAGUUUCGCUCAGCCGGCGAGGUGAUCCGGCAGCUACCUCCCGACCGGCAGUGUCAGCUGGAGCGCCGCGUCAACCACCUGGUGUCGCGGCUGAAUGCGCAGGACGUGGUCACUGCUGUCACCAUGCUGGCCAUUGGCGGCGGCACCGAGAUUCGCUCCCUCAUCAUCGCCCAGGUGGUGAACUUCCUCACCAAUGAGAUGGCUAUGGAGGUGUCUGGCGUGCCGGGCCAAACGUGGUGA